AUGAUGGCAGUUACUACUUCGGUGUUGUUUCUGGCUCUCCACCUAACGUGGUCCGCUGAAUCACUGAAGGUUCUGUUGUUCAUGCCGGAAAUGAACGACGAAGUCCUGGAGUCAUUAAAUAUGUUUGCCGUAAACCUGAUCUCACGCAACCACGAGGUUACCACCUUCCAGAUGGUAGUUGUUCCGGAGCAAAGACAGCCAACCUGUUCCAACUCGGUUUUGAAACAGCUAGGCAAUCGUGCUCCGUGGUAUUCGGACUUCAAGGAAGAAUUCGAUACCGAUCUUUUUUACGAAGUGCACCUGAACGUCUGUACGAGACUGUUGCACAGCGACACGCUGGACCGGCUGGCCAGCGUCCACUUCGACGUGGCUCUUGUGUACGCUGGCAAUCCAUGUAUUCUAAUGCUGGCGCACGCCCUGUCACUGCCCUUCAUCUACUAUGACAAGAACGGUUUCUCUGACGAAAUAGCAUACGCUUCAGGAUCGCCUUUGCUUGUGGACCUCGUGCCAUCUGGCAGAUCAAGAUUCGCUCCUUCGAUGUCUGUUACGGAGGCCAUGAACAAAUUUUGGUACCACGUGCGAGAAUACAGCUGUGUCAGUGACCGAUGGCUGGCUAGGACGAUUUUGUGCCCAAGGUGGACCUCCUUCGAACGUCGCAUCAUGAAGCUGUUCGCCUCCAACCACCAGCUAAAGACGAGGUUUACUAACUUUGGUGACGUCAGCGAGAUCAAGCAAAGAGCCGCUGUUUACUUUGUAAACAGUGACCCACUUGUCGAGUUUGCUGGCCGAGUGACCUCUGGCCGCAUUGUGUACGUUGGAGGAAUUAAUCAGGUCGCUCCUCAACCUCUACCCGAGGUACGUUGCUCAUGCUUUUUCCGGAUGUCGAGGUGUGUGAGCAGAAAUCCGCCUAUUCCUUUUCUAUCCUCCUUAAUUGCAUUUACUAUUGCGUCAUUUAAUUUAUAUCAUAUUAAUUUUUACCAGAAUUUGUAUUUGUGAAU